AUGUUUGAAAAAAGUACUUUUCUGUAUUUCUUGUUUUUUGUUUUCAAUUUAUCAAUUCAAGCUGAUCCACAAAUCUGCGAUGGAUUAUUACAAUAUGACAAAUGUUCAACCAAUCCAUCGUGCCUUUGUCUUCAUUCUGUCUCUUCUAAUGCAACUGGUAUCUGCGCACUUCAAAGUGCCACUUGUUCAGAACUUGUUUCAUGUGUAUUAAACACUUCUCCGUGUUCUCAACCAAACCACAUAUGUGUUCGACACCCUCAAUGCCAAAAUCAACCUGUAUGUUACCCGUUGUCAAUGGCAACCAAUCAACUCUGUCCACCAGUUGUUGAUAAAAUAUGUUCAACAGCGACAUGGUCAAAACAUGGAAUCACGGUUGCUGGUGGACACGGUUUCGGAAGAGAUUUGCACCAACUGGCCGAUCCAUAUGGAAUAUUUCUCGAUGAGAACGAUGCGAUUUACAUUGCCGAUCGUUCUAAUUUUCGUGUGAUUAAAUGGGAACAAAAUUCCACAAUUGGUCAAUGGGCCGCGGGUCUGAAAGUAGAUGGAGAUGCUACUCAUGACCUUCCAUUGAAUAUGCCACAAGAUAUCGUUGUGGAUAAGAAUGGUACAAUUUAUAUUAGUGAUGGAGGAAAUUAUCGAGUUGUUCGAUGGUAUCGAGGCGCAGAUAAAGGUGAAAUUCUUGUUGAUCGUGUGCAAGUGGUUGGCAUCGGACAAGAUAAUCAAGGAUUUGUUUAUGUUUCGGAAUACGCUGCUGGUCAAAUAACCAAAUGGAACUUUGAUGAGGAUGAGUUCGAUGGGCAAAUUGUUGCAACAAAUUUACCCUUAUCGACUUUUAUCUAUAUUGAUGGAAAACGAUCGAUUUAUUCUGCUGGAAUGAGUGCAAAUCGAAUAGCUAAAGUGGUGGAAGACGCUGAUGAGCCAAUUCUUGUUGCUGGACCAUCAGGUGUUGUAGGUGAUGCGUUUGAUCAGCUUAACAGCCCAACAGGUGUUUAUGCAGAUGAACAAGAAACAGUUUAUAUCGCUGAUACGAAUAAUCAUCGAGUAAUGCGUUGGUUGAAAGGUGCGACAAGUGGAACAUUGAUUGCCGGUGGAAACGGUGAAGGUUCAUCAUCAGAUCAAUUGAAUUACCCUUCUGAUGUAUUUCUUGAUCGAGAGGGAAAUCUGUAUGUUACUGAUACGUUAAAUAAUCGAGUCCAGAAGUUCUUAGUUGAUAAAAGCUCUUGUCAGAAGAAAAAAUAA